CUGUGUUCUCGGCCAGCUCCGGCAUUGAGCCUGUGUUUAAUGUUGCAACUAACUAAUGGCUGGCCGUUGAGUGCUCGGUAGGUAGAACAUCCGCAUGCGCAAGCGUCAAGCUGGGCGGAGGGACCGAUAGCUAAAGAUUUGCGGGGCGGUUAGUUUAGAUUUGCUUGUCAGUCAGCCCAUCUGAACCGGUCAAUCCAAUGAUGGCGGAAGCUUCCACCGGGGUAUUGUGACCCAAACCUUGGGAAGUGAAGAGCAGAGUGCAGGGCAAAGUUGUUGGGAGCAGCGCUUUUAAUCUUGGUCCAGUUUACGGCAAUUCGUCUUUCAAAAGCGACGAGGCAAGGGCGCAGAACUUCAAACCUCGUUUUGCAGCAUUGUAGGUCGAAAGACCUUAGCCACUUUCCGCCCUUGAACGUUACCGCCUUCUCGGAUGAGAGCCUUACGCUGAGGGCUUCCCAAGCUGACUAUAGGAGCCUCACGCUGUGGACUCCCAAGCUCACCAUCAACCUAAUUGAUAUCGUUGAGAAGGCCUGUCGAAGCGACUUCCACAAUGGCGGGCGGGAUGAUCGUUGCUGGCUCGGAAGUGCACGACUUCCCUGCCAAGAUCACCUUUUAUGUCGUUAUGGUGGCUCUGCUGGCAGCGUGCGGAGGUCUGCUGUUUGGUUAUGACAAUGGAGUCACUGGUGGUGUUACAUCAUUUCUACCAUUCCUGGAAAAGUUUUUCCCAGCUGUUGCGAGGGCCACAGAGGCGGGUGUUGACGCAAACAGCGCCUACUGCAAGUACGACAAUCAGGGGCUGCAGCUCUUCACGUCGUCGCUGUUUCUAGCUGGCGCGUUUGCCUCCUUGAUUGCAUCCUACACCACCAGGGCAUGGGGCCGCAAGCGCACCAUGCUCAUUGGCGGCCUCUUCUUCUGCGUGGGGGCCACCCUCGUUGCUGCUGCUCAAGACUUGGCGAUGCUCAUCAUUGGUCGCAUCUGCCUUGGUAUUGGAGUUGGUUUUGCCAAUCAGGCUGUUCCCCUGUACCUGUCUGAGAUGGCUCCUCCCAAAGUCAGAGGUGCUCUCAACAUCAUGUUCCAGUUGGCAGUGACCAUUGGCAUCUUGGCCGCUCAGUUGAUCAACUAUGGUACCCAGUACAUUGACCCUUGGGGCUGGAGGCUUUCUCUUGGCCUCGCCGGUGUUCCUGCCGCGCUGGUAACCCUGGGCGGUCUCAUUCUGCCCGAGACUCCCAACAGUCUGAUUGAGCGUGGCCAAAUAGAGAAGGCGCGCCACGUCCUGCGCAAAGUGCGGGGUGUGGACAACGUUGAGGAGGAGUUUCUGGACAUCAAGAGUGCCUGCGAGGUCGCGGCGCGCGUGAAGCACCCGUGGAGGAAUAUCAUCAAGCCGCGCUACCGCCCGCAACUCGUCUUCUGCAUUGUCCUCGAGUUCUUCCAGCAGUUCACGGGUAUCAACGCCAUCAUCUUCUAUGCCCCCGUCCUUUUCAAUUCGCUCGGCAGCGGCAAGACGGCGUCGCUUUUGUCGACCGUUAUCAUUGGCGUGGUGAACGUGCUGUCAACGCUAGUGGCCGUCUUCACGGUCGACAAAUUCGGCAGGCGCGCGCUCCUGCUCGAGGCCGGCGUUCAGAUGACACUCGCACAGGUGGCAACCGCGAUCGUGCUGGGCGUGGAGUUUAGCCGGCACCCCAACGGCAAUUUGCCGGAGGGCAUCUCCAUCGUGGUGAUCGUCAUCAUCUGCAUCUUCAUUUCCAGCUUCGCCUGGUCAUGGGGCCCCCUCGGCUGGCUCAUCCCGUCUGAGAUCCAGCCCCUCGAGACGCGCUCCGCGGGGCAGUCCAUCACCGUGUUCACCAACCUCCUCUUCACCUUCGUUAUCGGCCAGUCCUUCCUGUCGAUGCUCUGCGCCAUGCAGUUUGGCAUCUUCCUCUUCUUUGGCGGCUGGGUUGUCAUCAUGACGCUCUUCGUGCUCUUCUUCCUGCCCGAGACCAAGGGAGUUCCCCUGGAGGACAUGCCAGCCGUUUUCAGGCGGCACUGGUUCUGGGGCCGCUUCUCUCCUCCGGUGGAGACAACCGAGACGGUGAAGGACACCGCUCACGGGCUUCCCGAGGUAAACGGCAAGGGGUACAACGCUCCGGCGCACGCUGCCAACGUACAGAUGAACCGGUUCGACGAAGACAAGGGGGCUCGCUUCUAGGUGUCGUCAAGUUUGGGUUGAGUCGGUCACGUGUGUUGAGAUACUUGCACAUAGUCAGAAGCGUAACAAAACGCGUUUUUGGGUAUCUGAUCGCGUUGGCCAGUUGGUGCGUGUUCACUUAAUCAGCGCUUUGUGAGUGGAUUGUCAAGGACAGAUAAAAAACGACCGCAAGGGGUCAUUUAAGAGUAAGAGUGUGGGUUAGAAAACAUGAAGGUUUUAGAAGAAUCACCAGUAGCGGUUCGCAUGAGUUUGGAGUUUGACCAGAUUGAGAGGGGCACAAAUUUUGGAACAUUUGCACCCAGUCGACGCACCAGCUUGGUGCGCUGGUUGCACACGAGCGGUAGCUUGAUUGGACGUCAAGUAGAUUAGCUUACAUAAACCUCAAUGCAAGCUCCUAAUCUUAGGUUGAUCAGAUCAGAGUGAACGGUCAACUAGAGUAGGGACAGUAUCGAAACAAGUCGGCACUUCAGUCAGUCUAUUGUAACUUGGGAAAUCGUCAAACCAAGUAACUUUCAUCAUAUCCUAACUUCGUUCUUUAAUGUUCUGCCAAUAUUUUGCGAGAC